AUGAUGGCUUCUUCCAGGAAAAAGCCGAACGCACUUGCAAAUGUAGAUGAAGAGGACACUGGUAAAGGGUUAGCCAGGACAUUAACGUUGACAAACAGCGUUACAAUGAUUGUAGGAUGUAUCAUAGGAUCGGGAAUUUUUGUGAGCCCCACAGGCGUGCAAGAAGCUGCUGGGUCUGUCGGUUCUUCAUUAAUUAUCUGGGUCUUGUGUGGAUUAUGGUGUGGACUUGGAGCGUAUAUCUAUGCCGAACUUGGUACGCUAAUCACAAAAUCGGGUGGUGAUUAUGCGUACAUCAUGGAAGCACCAUGCGCCUUGACAAUUGUGGGGCUAACGUUUGCGCUCUACAUGCUCCGGCCAUUCUAUCCAGACUGUGAUCCUCCUCCGUAUACGAAAGAAUUACUAGCUGCAGUAAUGAUAAUGAUUCUUGGCGCUAUCAAUUGUUGGUCUGUGAAAUUGGCAACCUUGGUGCAAGACUGGUUUACAUAUGCAAAGAUCGUCGCUCUCCUUUUAGUCAUCGUUACUGGA